UUGGCAGUUUGUGUCGUCCCAUUAAUGGGCGUAUAACACUGUAUAAUGAAUUACCGUCAAAGACCUUUUCAUGAUGACUUCGGAAGAGACUUUAGAGACAAAAACUGUUUUGCUGAAGCAGGUUCCAACACGUGUUACUUCGGAAUGCAUUUCAACAUACAUUGAUGGUAAAACGACUGAAGGAACAAUAGAGAGGUGUGUUCGACAGACUGAUCAAGAUAGUGGUGAAGAUUCAAAUACGUGGAUUCUACUUAUGAAUUCAGCGCAAGCUGUUGACGAUUUAGUGAACGAAGAGCAUGAAGGGGAAUUUAAAAACAUCAGCUUUGAAAGGGCAACGGAUUCUUCACUACCGGAAGGAUGGCUUAUUGAAUCGCAUGAAGACCUCGGUUUGAAUGAAUUUGAAAGUCACCAUGAUGGUUUAAGUGUUGCAACGAAAGCAGACGUCUCAGACUCAGACACAGAUGAACCACAAUACAAAUUAAGAAUACGAGGCCUGCCACCAGAUACAAAUCAACAAUACUUAGAUUUGUAUUUCGAUGACGAUGAAAUGUUUGGAGGUUGUAAUGUUCGUAAAGUUUCUCUGGAAACAAAUGAAACAUCAGCUGUUAUUUAUCUCGAAAGCGAGGAAGAUUUAGAGAAAAUCAAGGAAAUGGCGCCACUAGAUAUGGACGAUACAAUGGUGUCGGUUGAAGAUUAUACAAAUGUAUUAACUAAAGAGCCAACAUCCGUUUCUUUGCGCACCAUUGAGGUCAUAGGACCACCAAAUUCCAGUAUCAUUUCCGAAAGAAACAAAUCACUUUUAACGAUGUACUUCAAAAAUCCUAGACAUUCUGACGGAGGAAAGAUUUCUGAAAUAAAGUUUGAGUCAAAGAAGGUUUUAAUUCAAUUCGAAGCUGAAGAAGUUGCAAAAAGAGUUGUUGAAAAAGAAAGCCAUUGUUUAAGUGGUAAUGAAUUGACAGUAAACUUGUACAACCCACCAACAGACAAAAUCGUUGAAAGUGAGCUUGAGCAGACUUCAAUAGUUUUAUCAAAUCUUCCAGAAUCGAUUGACGCCCAGUAUAUAGAACUCUAUUUUGACGAUGAAGAAAUAUUUGGCGAAGGUUUAGAGGUAGUAUUGGUAACAUUUAAUGACGAUCAUACGUCUGCUAUUGUCGAGUUCAAAGACAAAAAAGCUGCCAAAAAGGUACUGAAUGAACCGUCGUUAAGAAUGGAAGAUUAUGAAAUAGAAAUACAAGCCUAUCUACCUGAAAAAGUGUGCAAGCCAGUAUGGAAUGUAAUAGAAGUUCAUGGGCCAACACAUAUCAUCUCAGACACAAACUUCAAAAUGUUGAAAAAAUAUUUUGGAAGCCAGCGGUUUUCAGGUGGUGGUGAAAUUAUUGAUUGCUCCAUACGUCCUGGAUUAGUUUGUUUCACUUAUGUCUCCGAAGAAGUGGCAAGAAGAGUUCUACGCAAAAGUCAUGCGUUUAAAAAACACCCACUUGACGUUUACUUGAGAGAAAUGAAUAAAGUUGACAUACAAAGUGUACAUCCAUCAUCAGAUAAGUCUCUGAACACAAUAAAUGUCAUAGGGAUCCCAACAGAAAUUGACAAGGAGGACUUGAUCUAUUUCUUUGAAAACUUAGAUGAUGACAUAGAAGUGAAAGAGUUAUCACUUUGUGUUGAAAGUAGAAGAGCUACUAUUGAAUUUUCAUCUUUAAAAGCGGUAGAAAUAGUUAUGGACAAAAAGCCUUUAAACAUAAAAGGUACCGAAUUGAUAAUUGAGAAAUGGAAACCGAUUAAAAUGUGCACAAUAUCUGUACAAGGACCAGAGAAUAUUCAACAGUACAUGGAUAAACUGGAGCUUUAUUUCAAAAACAGAAAAUCGGGAGGAAACUCCAAAAUUAUUGACAGCUGGGUAGAAAAGAAAACAAAUACAGCAUUUUUCACCUACGAAGAAGAAGACGUUGCAAAAAACGUAGUCAAAAAGGGGCAACACAGAUUGGGAAAACAAAAGUUGGAAGUGCGUUUAUGUACAGAUACGAUAAGAAAAGAUACUUCAAAUGAACAAGAACAAAUGGAGAUCUUUACUGAAAUAAAACUCCAAAAUGUACCAAAACAAGUGACAGAAACUUACCUGAAGCUAUUCCUCGAGGAUCUGGAUAUUGCAGAAGAAAUUGCAGAAUUCAAUGUUGUAAAUGUGUUACUUCAGCCUGGAGAUGAUUUUGCAGUUAUUGCAUUAGACAAUCCUAAAGUUGCAAAACUUUUGUGUGAAAGACGCACACUUUGUAUGAAAGGUGUUGAAGUAUCCGUUGAACGAUUCAUACCAAGGACAGUUUAUUCGUGUACAAUAGCAGUUUCUGGGUUGCCAGGAAUUGAUGAACAACUUGAACUUCUUGAAAUGUACUUAAAAGGCAAGAGGUCAAAAGGCAAUGCACAGAUUGUUGAUAGAUGGGUAGAUCAAAAUAAAAAUGUAGCGUUUUUCACUUACCACAAUGAAGAAGCUGCUAAACGGGUUGCUGCCAAAACAGAUCAUGUAUUUGACGGACAUACUUUGAGCGUUUCUCUGUUUAUGGAAGACAAUGUUACUUCUGAAGAGACUAAAAGAAUGCUUGUUUCCAAACUACCAGAUGAUAUUACAGAACUGUACUUACAGAUGCUUUUUGAACAACAAGAUAUGGAAAUUGACUUCAGUGUUGUAAGCGUUAUAUUGGAUUCCAAAGAAUCGUCUGCAAUUAUAGAGUUUGAUAAUCCCGAAGCUGUUUCCCUUAUAAUGAAGAGGAAGCCAAUAAGGAUAAAAGGAAAAGAGAUUGAAAUUAAAUCUUAUGUGGAACAAUGCAGCAGUUUAUGUUCAAUAGAAGUCACAGGCAUUCCAAACAUUGAAGACUACAUUGACACAUUAUAUCUGUACUUCAAGAACAGUCAUAAGUCAAGUGGAGGGAAAAUUGUUGAAUAUCAUGCCGAACCAAAUUCAAACAAGGCAUACUUUACAUUUGAAAGCGAGAAAGUUGCUGGGAGAGUUUUACUGAAGGACCACACACACAAUUGGAAGGGAAUACAAGUGUCAUUAGUUCGUGCCAAUAAACACGGAGAGGAUGAAGUCACUUCAAACAUGAUAAGGGUAUCUGGAAUUAAAAGUGUGACAAGAGAAACACUUCAGUAUUAUUUCGAAAAUAAAUUAGCCUCUGGUGGCGGAACUAUUGCAGCGAUUGAAGCUGAUCAAGAAGAUGAAGACGUAGUUUAUAUUCAGUUUACCGACAGAAAAGUUGCUGAGUGUGUUGCUGGAAGAAGUCACGAAGUCGAGGGACAAACUAUCAAAACACGUAUUUAUAAAUCACCACCUUAUUACGAUACAAAGGUUUUGGUAAAGGGAAUCGCUUUGACAACUUCAAAGGACAGUAUUUACAAUUUCUUAGAAGCAAAAACAGGAAUAAAAGUUUUGCAAAUUGCAUAUAGUGUAGAAGACGAAGAUGUUAUUGUUGUGACAAUGGAGGAACCGCCAGACUUCACAAAGUUAAAAGAGGCAUGCCGACUUCAGACUUUGGAGGGUGAAAGGCUCACGAUCGAAAGAAUACCCAUAUCUAGCUGUAUUUAUCUUGCCAACAUUUCUACUGAAAUAACAGAAGAUACUCUGAGAUAUUAUUUUGAAAGCAAAUUUGGAGAAAAGGGAAAAGUUGACAAAGUAAUUUUGACCAAAUCAGAAGGAAUUUGUCUAGUUUAUUUUGAAAAUUACAAAGUUGUCAAUAGUGUUUUGGAAAUGAAACACACUCUCGGAGGCAGAGUACUUAAAGUAAGCUGUUACCAAAAACUACUUAAGGGAACUGAAGAUACACAUGAAAGAGUUCUUAAAGUGCCUGACCCGAUUGACUUGUCAAAUUAUGCACCAGAAAUAAUACAAUUUUGCCAUACCAUUCCCUUUUAUAAAAAGAAAUUUGAAAAAGAAAUGUCAGAAGUGUAUGCAAAUAUCGUGUGGCCCAUGAAACCAGCAGGCGAUACAUUGAUAACAUGUACGCUUGAUUUAUCCGUUCAUGGUUGCUUUAAACAUGCCAAGACAUGGCAAGAACGAGUUGAAAGGAAAAUUACCAUAUUACUGACAGAUCUGUCGCUUACACAAAUAGAAGUUCAUACAUAUAUUUGGGAAAAACUUAUUGAUUAUGUACGAACAAUUUCAGUUGACAAACCUGAACAUGUGCAAAUGUAUCAGAUCAAAGAAAAUAAUGUCAUAAAUAUAGUAGGGAGAAAAGACGUUGCAGAAGAAGUAAAGAUAAAAGUUUUAUGUGAAAAUGAAAAGCUCGAGCAGGAAUUUGAGAAAGACCGACAGAAAGUCAGGGAAUAUAUGCGAGGAUUUCAGCCAAUUGAGCUCAGACUUAUGAACGUUACAAAUGCAGCUCAAGAAAUACAGCAAAACUUUGAUGACUUAACCAUAGAAAUCGACGAUGAAGAAAACGCUAUAAUAUUUGAGGGUCCCAUGCAUUCCGUCAAGGAUGCUCAAAUAAAAUUUUAUGAGAUGAAAAAUAAUUUUGGUCGAAAAGAAAGUGAGUUAUCUUCAGACAUGUUGAUUUCACUGUAUAAGUCAGAAGAGACUGUUAGAUUCAUCCAGAAUCUUCUUCAAGAAAGAGGAUUACAAGCCAUGUGGGAAAUCAGGAAUUCUUCCCUUCAAGUGUGUUGCACGCAGGACAAUAUGCUCGAAAAUUGUGCUGAAAUUAUUUUAACAAGCAUUGCAGAAGAACGAAUUAAAUUUAUUCCUGAAUCUGUUCCUGAUAUGAAGGCCGACAGUUGGCGAAUGAUACAAGACAAUUUACGUAUCAGUUAUAAGGGGAACGUAGAAUUUUGUACUGAAGAAAAUAUGGUUAUUGUCUGUGCAACUAAGGAUAUACUUCCGAAAGUCAUUUCAGAAGUAAAUAGGUUUAUAGAUUCAAAAACGAUACAGUCAAAGUUCCUUUCUUUUCCGAAAGAUGUAAUAAGGUUAAUUGAAAAGCACCAUAAAUCAGACAUAACUGCUAUAUCACUAGAACUCAGUGCAUACCAUGUUAAAAUAUUAAUUGCCGAAAAUUACAGUGGCAUGCAAGUAGAUGGGUUAGUCACUGGAGUAGAUAAAGCAUCAACGCAGUUACAAAAAUUGUGCAACAGAGUGAAGAAAAGAAAACACACCAUCAGAAAACCUGGUGUUGCUGAUUACAUUGGAAAAGCUAAAGGGAAAGACAGCAUAAAUACGGUUGAGACAGUAUUGAAAUGUAUUGUUUCUAUUGAGGGAGGUGACCAGGGAAAUACAGAAGUUGGAGAGAAACGUGUUGCUGCCAAAUGUACCUUUUUGGAUGGCAGAGAAUUAUUUGCAUUUGUUGGCGAUAUGACGGAGCUUGAAGUUGAUAUGAUUAUUAAUCCAGAUGAUGAAAAAAUACGUUUCCUUGGUGGACUAGGAAGAGCCAUAAUUUCUAAAGGUGGUGCAAGUAUAAAAAAAGAAUGUGAAGACUUCAUCAAAGGAAAUGGGGAUCUAGCAGUUGAUGAUGUUUUUGUAAGCGAAGGAGGAAAUUUAAAUGCAAAGUAUGUAAGUCAUAUAUUAAGCCAUGAAUGGAACCAAGGAACCGACAACCAAAUAAAGAUAUUAGGUGAUUCUGUUUUUAACUGUUUGACAGAGGCCACGAAACGGAGGUUAAGUUCUGUAGCAAUUCCUGCCAUUGGUUGCGGUGUGAACGGGUUUCCCCCCGACGUCGCAACAGGAACUAUAAUAAGUUCUGUCAAACAAUUUUUCCUAGAAGUUCAGAAUAGUCCUGUUACAGAAGUUUAUUUGUGUGAUUAUGAUGAGAAAAAGGUUCAAUGUUUCACGAACGCUCUAUGUUCCGAAUUUGGGCCUGACAAAGUAUCAACUUAUAGCAGAGAUCCUAAGCCUCUCGUGGGAAAUAUGAAUAAAAACUCUGUGAAUAUGACGGGAAGGAACAAAUCCUCCAAAUUGAAGAGUUCAAAAAUCAAAGAUGCCGAUGCCGAGAUACCGAUACUGAAGAUUGUAAACGGAGUUCAAAUAGGAAAACUGAAAGUCAAGAUUGUUAAAGGAGAAAUUUCGUCAGAAAAGGUACAUGUGAUUGUAAAUUCAACAUCAAAAGACUUGACCUUAGCAAACGGAGCUGUGUCUAUCUCGUUAUUGAAUGUGGCUGGUAAAAAAAUGCAGGAAGAAGUCCAUUCAAAAUAUCCACAUGGUCUAAAGAAUAUUAAUAUAGCUAUUACUUCGGGCCACAAACUCAAGUGUAAGCACGUUUAUCACACCGCUUUGGACCAGUUCGAUGUCAGAAAGAAAAUGGAGUGUAGAAAGCGCCUGUUUGACCUUGUUUCUGAGUGUCUCGAGGAAGCUGAUAAUCAAGGCCACUCGAGCAUAGCUUUGCCAGCUUUUGGAACAGGACAGCUUGAUUAUCCUCAAGAUGUAGUUGCGGAGGAAAUGUAUAAAGCAGUAAUUACCUUCGGAAGAACCGGAUUAAGAAAGAAGUUACACGACGUGCGCUUCGUUUUGUACUACAAAGAUGAUGAAUGUAUUCAGGCAUUUGAAAAUGAAGAAUCAAAGAUACUUCGCAAUGGAAUAUCAACUAAAAAGGGAGAUGAUUUUGAAGACACGAGCUAUGAAUUACUGUCAAAUGACAGCGAAUCUGUCACCCGUAUGUUCGGAAAGGUCACACUGACGGUAAAACUUGGUGAUUUACUGGCAGAAAAGGCAAACUGUAUCGUUAACAGUACCAAUGUAGAUUUGGAUUUGUCUGUUGGUGCCGUAUCAAAAGUUAUUUUACAACAAGGGGGUAAGAUGUUGCAAGCAGAGCUUGAUCGAAACAAAAAUAUGAUGAAGAGUGAGUUUUUAGUUGUGACAAGUGCUCCAAACUUACCAAGUAAUUCAAUUAUGCACAUUGUUGUGAAUACAGAUGAAAUAACGGACACUGUCCUGAAAUGUUUGGAAGAAGCAGAGCAGCAAAAAAUGACAAGUUUAGCUUUCCCAGCACUUGGCACAGGUAUGAAUACAUCAGAUUCUUCGACUAUCGGUCGGGGAAUGGUCAAUGCUGUCGAACAAUUCUCGUAUACGAAUCCAAAGCAUUUGAAGGAUGUUAGAUUUGUGGUUUUUCAAAGACCGAUGCUUCGAGAAUUCAUUAAAGUUGCGUAUGAUGCGAAUGAUACAAAAAAUAAAAAAGGUUUCAUUGGAAAACUGUGGUCAAAUGUCAAAGGUGUGUUCAGUGGUAGUUACGAUACUGAUGACCCAAAUAAAAGUCAAAUAGAUUCGUCACAGGACGAGACUGACGUCAACAAAGUUACAUUUUAUAUCUAUUCUCUCGGCGAAGAUGUAAUAGACAAUGCAAUAAGGAGACUGGAUUUAUUUAUUGAAAAAGAAGUUGAGUCAAAGACAUUCACUGAUUACAUUAUACAGCAACUUGAUGAAGAUCAGGUUUCAGAAGUUACAUCCAUAGCAAAGCAUUAUAACAUUGACAUCAAAAUAGAUCAACAAAGCUGUAUGAUAAAGAUCCUUGGGAUGAAGGACAAUUUUAUCAAAGCGUAUGAUAAAAUACAAAGUUUUAUUAACGCUGCAAUUGAAAUGGAUUACAUGACCAACAUUGCUCAAUGGUAUGUCAUUGAAGUAACAGAAGAGGGAGAAGAUGUUCAACCGUAUGAAAGAGAACUUAACCUAAAAAUUGAAAAACGUUAUAAACAAAAUGCUCAGGAAAUGGGAUUUAAUGUAGACGGUAGGGAUUACAUCAUUAACUUUGAAACAAUGGAAGAAUAUCCCGAGACUGACAUAAAGGCUGUGGCAAAAGUUCUUAGAAGGAAUGUUGUGAAAGGAGGUUCAUUUGAUGUUCCGCCUACUUGGGGUGAUAUGCAAGGAGGCAAUCUCAGAGUAAUAGAUCUUAAACAAGAUGCUCAAGAGUACAUAGAUAUGAAACAGAAAUUUUUGGAUUCUGCCUCUUCAGACUACGAAGUUUUAAAGAUUCAGAAAAUACAAAACAAAACUCUUUGGGAACAGUACCAAAGUAAACGGAAUCAACUUGAAGCAAGAAAUAAACCAGAGACACAGAACGAAAGAAUGUUGUGGCAUGGUACAAAAGCUGAAGCAGUGGACAGUAUUAAUAUUCAUGGAUUUAAUCGCAGCUUUUGUGGACAAAAUGCUGUGGCUUUUGGAUUUGGUGUCUAUUUUGCCGUUAACGCUGAUUACUCAUGUGACGAUACUUACUCUGUACCGGACGCAAAUAAUGUGAAGAGAAUAUAUUAUAGUCGAGUACUCACCGGAGAAUAUACAACUGGUGAGCACGGAUUACGCCAGCCACCAGCAAAACCUGUUGGCGGACCUCACAACCUCUACGAUUCGGUCAUCGACGACCACGAUGAAAUGUUUGUUGUUUUUAACGACACGCAAGCAUACCCAGAAUAUCUUUUAUUCUUUAAAGAAUUUUUUGAUGAUGACGAUAGUUUGUUUACUAAACAAAUUGUGUAAAAAUUUCAUAUUUGGUAGUUCUUAAUGCUGAUUUUAAAUGCAAAAAGUGUUCAAGUCUAUAAAUACAAGACAUGAAAUUUGUCUUUGACAACAGUUAAGUCAUAUCUUGGUAUUGCAUGUACACACGAUAGAUUAUCCAUCAAUACACACUUGAGCAAGUAAAGCACAAAAAGCAAUUUCCAAAUUAGAAGCACCAGAUGUGUCCAUUACUCAAUUGUUUGAUAAACUAAUUUUACCCAUUUUGAAUUAUUUUUCAUAAAAUUUGAAAAUUUUACAAUAAAGAUACAUUGAACGAGUAAAUACUCUAUAUGGUGAAAGUAUAUAUGGUGAAAGUAUUUUAAGAGUAAAGCGUUCUGCGUGUAUAUAGUAAUAAGGUAGACUUAAUCUUGCAAGUCGUGAAAACAUUGUCAUACUUAUGUUUUAGUUUCAACAAACGAAUGUUGUAUAAUAUGUUUAAUAUUCGGGGGAGCAUAUAGUCGUCGGGUUGUCCGUCCGUCCGUCCAUCAGUCAGCCCGUCCGUACGUACGUCCCGAAUUCGUGUCCGGCCCAUAACUUCGUUAUUGGAAGUCGGAUUUUACAACUAUUUCACAGAAAUGAUCACCAUAUUGAGAUGACGUGUCGCGCGCAACAAUUGGGUCCCUAUCUUGAAGGUCAAUGUCACAGCAUUCCUUGCAGCAAAAUCGUGUCCGGCCUUUAACUUCGUUAUUUUACGUCGGAUUUUACAACUAUUUUUACAGAAAUGAUCACCAUAUUGAGACACCGUGUCGCGCGCAGCAUUUUGGUCGCUACCUUGAAGGUCAAGGUCACAACAUGACAUUGCAGCAAAAUAGUUUCCGGCCCAUAACUUCGUUAUUUCAUGUCGGCUUUUACAACUAUUUUACAGAAAUGAUCACAAUAUUGAGACGACGUGUCGCGCGCAACAUUUGGGUUGUUUUUACUCUUUGAACUUUGUCUGUGACAUAACUCUGACACUACAUGAGGUAUACCUUCCUGUGUCCAAAAUUUAUUCGGGGAGGUUCACCCGGUUCAACCGGCUCUUGUUAUAGUCGGAGAUAAACUAUCUAGACUGUGUUUUUUAAAGUAUGUAAUGCGCAGGGAGUUAGUUUUUUACAUGCUUUUAUGUAUAUUUUUAAACAUAAAAAUUAUGUCGUUACUCGAGUGUCUAGGAAAUUCAUUUCAUGUAACCCUUUUCAAAGGGAUAAUUGGUUUUGAUUUUCCGUUUCCUUUUGCGUUGAGGAACUUAAACUAGCUCUAAUUAUACUUCACAUUAUCUUUAAACGAAGUCUAAUGAUGGCACAGGCAUAUAAGUAUUCUGUUACACACAGAAAAGGCACGAAUUGUAAAAAGUUUUACGUUAAGAAACUAAUAGUGGCUCUUUUGAUAUCGACAUAAUCUUAAAGAAGAAGUAUAAUGUUUCACAUAGGAAGUGCACGAUUUGUAAUAAGAUUACAAAUUAUUUACGUAAACUAAAUAAAAUUAUCAAGAAAUAAUUAUUGUUAUUAUGCAUAUUAAUAUGUUUCUAUCUAAAUCGCUAUUAUCUUAUACAAUAACUUGGAAUAAUGUAUAAUAUGUCAAUGAUGUAACAUAUAUGAUAUCUUUUGUUUAUUACUUUGAGACACAAAAUCAUUUGUAAUUUGAACAAGUAACGUGACACAGGACUUGCUGUUUUUGUAUAUGUAUAUAAAUCGAUAUGAUUUUGUAGACAAAUGCUAAUGGUCCAGCGUUUAUUUCAUGCCUACUAACUGGAUCGGCUAAAGUGAUGAUAGCUUGCGUUUCGAGUUAAAAUUAAAUUGAAAAAAGUUUAUAUUUGAUUUCAAAUGUAAUUUUAUGUUUUUUGUUUUUGUUUUGUUUGUUAUAAAUACAAAGACUGUUCAAAUAUGAAUGCAUUUAAGCAUGUAGAAUUUGAUUCUUCACUGUUUUUUUGUUACCUGAAAGUAUUCACCUCCAACAGAUAUAAAAAGUUUUAUUCAAUAUUCAAAGUUGGAUUCGUUAAUUGAAAACAUUUUCAUAGACCUUCUAGGUUUACUAUAAAGACACUGGAAUAUUGCAGAACUGAAUGUUUGUGCUGAACAAAUGUUCGACCUGAAAAGUUUUUUCUUUAGCUUUGAAAACAAAAAGUCACAAGGGGCAGGGUCAGGAGGAGGAUACGGAGAAUGGGGGAAGCACAAUGACUUUUUUCUGCUUUAGAAAGUCUUGCAUUAUAGACGACUUGCUCGAUGUCGCACUGUCAUGCAGCAAUGUGACAUUGGCCAUAUAUGUAGUGGGACUUCGUUUUGUUUAGUUUUCGUAAACUUUUGUAAAAAUUUGCAUUAAUAGAUUUGCAACCUGCACCCUUAAUGCCUAAGUAGUAAAGAAAAUGGCAUAUAUCACCUUAUUAUGAUAGUAGUUUUCGCAAUGUCUUUUACCAGACUUUGUAGCCCAAAUUAUGUAGGUGUUUUCGUUUUGGCUCAUUAAAAUGAACCCAUGUUUCAUCAAGUUAUUUGCAAAAUAUCGUGCAUUGUUUUUUGGAUACAGGUAUAAGAAACAUUUUGCGUAUUGCCUGCGAGCCUUUUUCUGCUCACCUGCCAGCAAAUGGGGAAUCCAUCAAGCACAGAUCUUUCUCAUUUUUAAAUCACGUUUGAGAAUGGCAUUGGCUGUUCUUAAUGAGAUGUCAACGAUACUUGUUAUUUGCCUAGUGGUAUAUCUUGCAAUGGUAUUAGCUAUUUCUUACACUCUAGUGGCCAUCUUUGCUGAUGUUGCUAUUUAAGGCCGACGAUGGGGUGCAUCUUCAGUUGAAAUUAACCCGCAUUUUAAUUGAUUAAUCAUCAAUUAACUGAUUGAAAAGACUUUCAUUUUGUUUAUAUUCUGAACAUCUAGAUUUCAUUAAAACUGUCUUUACACCCUAUGCCAAGGAGACAACGAUUCUUCUUCAGUGGCAUUAUCUGAUCUUCUACCAACUAUUGUUGUAUUACUAUACUGUAAAGCAAACAAUGUAUAUCUACCAGAUAACUUUCAUUUCCUUGUGUUUUUCGCAAAAUUGAACAUUAUAACGCAAGUUAGAUGUAUUCAUAUUUAAACACUCUAAGUAAUAGACAUA